UUACAGAGGAAACUUCUGCUGUUCUUUCCAGUAGUUUCGGAUCUAGGUAUCAUGGUGAUGUUAAGGGAGAUAGUGUCUCUAAAAAUACUAAAUUCAGGAUCCCUAGCUUGGGUUUCUCCAAAGUUGAUACUGGGUCUUCUAAAAUUGAUCAGGAUUCCCCAUUACCAAAAGGGGAUAUUACUCUUACGAAAUAUCAAAUGAAUAUAUCAGAAUCUGAAUCAAAAACUGUUCUUGCUGACGAGAAUAUUUCAGAUACAGAUUUUGAAAUUUUGAAUGAUGAUGGUUCUUUGGAGCAAGAAAGUCUGAAACACGCAGGGAAAACACCAGGUGCUGACAUAUCUGUUGGUGACAUAGAGUUUACAGUUAAAAUUCCUAAAUUCCGAAAACCAAAAUUUGGUAUUUCUUGGUCUAAGGGAAAACCAUCAGAGAGUGACAUUGGUUCCAAAGUGGAAUCUGAAAUUUCCAAGGGGAGGAUAACAUCUGAUCUGGCUGAUACCGAUAUUGAAAAACCCAGUCAGAUUCCUGAUGCUGAAUUAGGUGUAAAGAUGCACCAGCCUUCACCUGAAGUUGUUCAUCAGUUGGAUGUCAGUCUCUCAUCAAUGGAAGUUACCAUGCCAAAAUUAGAAGUGGAAAUCCAUGGCCCAGAUUUAGAUUGCAAGGCAGAACAGGAAGUUUCAGGAGAGAAGGACACCGAGGAAAAAGAAAACAAAUUUAAGACAUCAAAAUUCAAACUGCCUUCAUUUAGUUGGUCACCAAAGAAAGAAGCUAUUGCUCCUUCUGAAGCUGAGGGACAUCUGGAAGAAUGCACUUUUUCUACCUUAUCUGGAGGCACAGAAUCUGAAUUAACAUUUCCUACCUCCGAGAAUCAUGCGGAAUUUGAUACAUCAACAGAAAAAGAUAGUGAAAAGGGCAGAAACAAGAAGUCCCAAUUUAUCAUGCCAAAGAUUUCAUUCCCUAAAAUGAAGGGUCAGAAAGUCCAGGUCUCUCUGCCCACACUAGAAACUGAUGUUUGUGGUCCCAAACAAGAAAAAGAAGGUGCUUCAGUACAGAAAUCUGAGAAAGGGAGUAGCAGGGAAGGUGCAGGAAUGGGUAUAAAAGUGCCAAAAGUUACAGUCCCAACUUUGGAAUUUUCCAAACCAGAAGUCAAAGAUCCCAGAAUAGAGGUGGACAUUCGCAUGCCUACAGGUGAAGUCAGACUUCCUACAUGUGAAGAAGAUGACCUGACAUUGAAAUCAGCUGCUGCUGGUGCCAGCCUCUCCACCUCAGAUAUUAAGAUGACAACUGAAGGCUCCAUUGAGGUGAAGAGUCCUGACAUAAAUGUUGAAAGAACAUCAAGUGAAAUUGCUGUGGGUGAUGUAGAAAUAAAAAUUGAAGGGAAAGGGUCAGAAAAGGAAGUCAGCCAAUCCAAACCAGAAGUCAAGGUUCCCCAACUAAAAGCAACGGUAGAAAUAGAUGACAUUGCUUUCGAAGCAGCAAAUUUGGAGGUUGAAUGUAGUACAGGAAUAGAAACUUAUAGCCCUAAAGUCAAAAUGACCAAAGCUGACCAUAAGGCAUCAGAGACUGAUUCUCACCCCCCAUCAGCUGACAUUUCUGUUCCAAAACCAGACAGUGAUAUUCAGGAUUCAGAUGCAACACUGAAAAUCAAAGGGGAAAUAAAGCAAGAUGGAGAUGGGGAAGAGAAAGAAGGACAUUUCAAAAUGCCAAAAUUCAAACUGCCAUCCUUCAGUUGGUCCCCGAAGAAGGAAGCAAGUGUGAAACCAGAUUCUGGAGAAAAUUUGGAAGAUAGUAAACUUGCUGUAACAUCAGGCAGAAUAGACACAGAAGUGAGAGGACCUGCAACUGGUGAUCAAGGUACUGGGCCAGCCCUUGAUCUGGAAAUAUCAGCAGGGAAAGUUGAACAAAAAAGUCCGAUUAAAAAGCCUCAAUUUGUCAUGCCUAAAAUUUCACUCUCCAAGAUCAAGGUUCCCAAAUCUCAGACACAUUCACCAAAAGCUGAAGUUGAUGCUUCUAUUCCUAACACAGAAAGACAAGGUGACGAUUCAAUACAGAUACCUGAUAUAGAAAGAAGUCAUUCUGAAAGGACAGAAGAAGGGGCCCAAAUAAGUGUAAAACUGGCUGAUGUUAAGAUCCCUACUCCGGAGUUUUCCAAAACAGAAACUGGAGCCUUGCAAACGGACAUGGGAGUCAGCGCAGCAAAGAUUGAUGCUGCUCUGCCUCCCUUAGAGGGGAGUUUUCAACAGGUUGUUCUAAAAUCAAGUUCUACUGAUGACGAUACCGUUCAAAAAACUGGUAUUAAGUUGCCCAGAGGAGAAGCUUCAACUGAACUGAGGAGCCCUGAAAUAGUAACAGAAAGGUCGUCCAUUGUGGAUGGAAGAAAAAUGAAGUCAGAAGGUCCUGAAGGGAAGAUUAAAAUGCCCAAAUUCCAGAAACCAAAGUUCGGAAUCUCCUUAACAAAAGAGAAAGGCCCGGAGACAGAGAUCAGCUCUCCAAAAAUAGAAACUGAGUUACCCCAACUAAAAAUGACAAAAGAAAUUGCUGACAUUGCUGCGGGAGUUCCAGCUUCAGAACUUACAUCUGACAUGUCAGAUCCUGGAGUAGGUGUUUAUGCUUGUAAGACAAAAACACCCCAAGUUCUGACAGCUGGCAUUGAAGCUCCAAAGGUAGACAUAAGUCACCAGUCAGUGUCUAAAACAAUGACAGAGGGAGCACUUGAGAGACUUGAAGAUAAAGAAAUCAAAUUAAAAGAAGAACAUGAAAUAAAAGCUGAAGAAGUUCAGACUGAAGAACAUCAAGGAUGGUUUAAAAUGCCAAAAUUCAAAAUACCUGCAUUUGGCAGGACAUCCUUAAAGGAAAAAAAAGGUGAUGCUGGUAUUGAAAGUAUGGAAAAAACUCAGGCAGGCAUUCCCUCUGCCAAAGUACAAACUGAAACAAGUAUUCCUGAAAAUGCCUUCUCAUUACCACACGCAGUCGCUGAAAUUACUAUUGGAAAAGAAGGGAUUCCAAAAUUAGGAGAUUCUGUAAAGAGUUCUGAUGUUAGCUUGCCAAAGGUGGAGGGAGAUAUUACAUUAUCUGCAGAAAGAACAGAUAGUAGAGUGAAUAUUCCAAAAACUGAAACUUACGCAGAUAUAGUUAAGCGUGGUGCUGAAGGACAAAAAAUGCAUACUUCCGAAUUCACAGUGUAUUCAGCAGAAUUGUCUAAAUCAUACCUAAGUGCUUCAGAAACUGACAAAGACAACAGUUUAACAAAUAAGUUUCCUACAUGUACUCUGACUGUUCAAGAACAUAAAGUCAAAUCACAGGAUAUAGCAGUCCCAAGGGUAGAAAGCUCCACUAUGUUAGAGACUGCAGAAUUAAGAUGCAAACCGUCAUCAGCUGAAAUUACUCUGGAUGCAACACAGCAGAAAAUAGACGUUAAUCUUCCAAAGGAAGAGUUAGAUAUUCAAAAUCAAGAGGCAGUAAUUAAAAAAGGAAAGAUAAAGGGUGAGAUGAAAAUUGUAGGAAAAGACAGUGAAGGAAGCCAAUUAAAAAGGCCUAUGUGUGAAUGGCCUACAACAAAGGGAUCAGAAGAUGGUACUUAUGUUACAGCUAAGCUGGAAGAUCUAAAGGUUCCAGGAGUGAAAAUGGAUGUUAAAAUUGCUAGAGUAGAUCCUGAAAUGAAAUUUCAAGUGAAAAGUGUUGAAAAGGAUGAGUCUGCAGGGGUGGAAGUGCAAGUAGAAGACAGAGCAGAAACAAGUAAAAUUAAAACAUACAAGUUUAAGAUUCCAAAGUUCGGAUUGUUGCAUUCAGAAGUGAAGAGUUUUGAAGAUUAUAGCAAUUUGCCAAAGUCAGAAGCUGAUUCAGUAUCUAAAACUGAAUUAGGCAUGGCAGAAAUGCAGUUUCAAAAAUCAGAAGCAUACAUCGGCCUGGAAAGUUCAGCUCUAGAUCAUAUGGAAGCAUCUGCCAGAAUAACAGUGGAAACAGUGGACAAAUCACAAUGUGGCCCAGAAGUAAAUAUAAAAAUUCCCAAACUGAAAAUACCGAGAUUCACUUUCAGAGCUGUCCCAACUGAAGCUGAUGUUUCAGUGUCAAAAGUGCUAACAGAUCCAAAGGGAUCUAGCUCUGAUAUUGAAGUAGUGCAACUGCAAGCAAGUCCUGCUCUCCCUGAAGAAACACCAGAGGCUCUAGAGGGUAGUAUUCAAAAAGCAAAAAGCAAAAUUCUAACACUGACUGAACCUGCCAUUAAAACAGCUCAGAUGACUGCUACCAUAGAAUCCUCUCUUUCAAAUGCAGGGCAAGACCUUCAUUGGUCAUAUGUUGAGGGCCAAGAAGUGAGUGAGAAAGUAGAACCCGAACAUGUUGCUAUUGAAAGGUGUGAGAUUUACACUACUGAAAUACUGAAAGAAUCAGAGAUUCUCUCAUCAGAAGUCAAAACUGCUACUUUGGGAUUCUCAUUGCUCAAGGUGAAGUUGCCUGAAUCACAUAGCAACUUAGAAGUGCUAGUCCAGCAGCCGUCUCCAACAGAAGAUGUAUCAGUGAGCAAACCUAAAUGUGCUGAUGAAGGCUUUGGAGUAGCAGCACAGAGGACUUGCAGCGCUGAGCUUAAACUACCUGACAAACCACACAGUGAGACUGAAAAAUCUAGUGGAGAAGUAAGUUUGCCAAAGUUAAAAACAUUUGCUGUUGAAGUAAAGCCUUCCAGUAAAUCUGAAGAGAGUCAUCCUGAUAAGUCACCAGAGGGAAUAACUGCAGGUCAUCUCUCUAAAGAUGAGGAUGUAGCUGAAGCACUAGGAGAUGAAGAAAAAGAUAUAACCAAUGAAAAGGAAAAGACUGAUAAUAAAAGGUCUCCUGGAAGAUUCAAAUUUUGGCUUCCAACUAUUGGCUUUUCAUCUUCUGGUGAUGAAACAAGCACAGGUCCAAAACCAGAAGAAAAAAAAUCAGUUCCAGAUGUGAAACCUGGUGACACAUCAGAUAAUGAUGCUUCUAAGCAAACUGAAAAAACUGGAUGGUUUAGAUUUCCCAAGCUUGGUUUCACAUCUCCUUCCAAAAAGGCUAAGACAGUUGACAAAGAAGAGACAGGUCAUAAAGAGGGAAGAAUCUCAGAUGAAGAUAGCCCGUCAGAUAAACCUGAUGUAUUUUUUGAUGCUCAAGAAAGCUUAUCACCUAAAGAAACAACAGAGGAUGAAAAAGUUGAAAUUGAUGAGGCCUCAUCUAAUGUUCCAGUUUCUCGAACUAUUGUGACAUCUUCAGCAAGAACUGAACUAAUCUUGUUGGAGGAAGAAAAAGAUAGUCAAUCUAAUAUUCCUGGAGAUACAACCAAAUGA